GGCGGCGGAAGCUGCGUCAGUAGCGGCGGCGGCGGCGGGGCGGGGCGGUGGUGGCGGCUCCGGUGGCGGCGCGGCGCCGCCGCCAUGGCGCUGUCGCCCUACGUGCAGGCCAUGCAGGAGCUGUUCCGCGCCAACACGCGGAGCCGCGAGUUCCCAGCGCACGGCGCCAAGGUGCACUCGGUGGCCUGGAGCUGCUGCGGCCGCCGCCUCGCCUCCGGCUCCUUCGACAAGACCGCUAGCGUCUUCCUGCUCGAGAAGGACCGGCUGGUGAAAGAGAACAACUACCGGGGCCAUGGGGACAGCGUGGAUCAGCUCUGCUGGCACCCCAGCAAUCCUGACCUCUUCGUCACGGCGUCCGGGGACAAAACCAUCCGCAUCUGGGACGUCCGCACCACCAAGUGCAUCGCCACUGUCAAUACCAAAGGGGAGAACAUCAACAUCUGUUGGAGCCCUGACGGACAGACCAUUGCCGUGGGUAACAAGGAUGAUGUGGUCACUUUCAUUGAUGCCAAGACGCAUCGCUCCAAAGCUGAGGAACAGUUCAAGUUUGAGGUGAACGAGAUCUCCUGGAACAAUGAUAACAACAUGUUCUUCCUCACUAAUGGGAAUGGCUGCAUCAACAUCCUCAGCUACCCAGAGCUGAAACCCAUUCAGUCCAUCAACGCCCAUCCUUCAAACUGCAUCUGCAUCAAGUUUGAUCCCAUGGGGAAGUACUUUGCCACGGGCAGUGCUGAUGCGUUAGUCAGCCUCUGGGAUGUGGAUGAGCUGGUGUGUGUGAGGUGCUUCUCACGGCUUGACUGGCCUGUGCGAACGCUGAGCUUCAGCCACGAUGGGAAGAUGCUGGCGUCAGCAUCAGAGGAUCACUUUAUUGACAUUGCAGAGGUGGAGACAGGAGAGAAGCUCUGGGAGGUGCAGUGCGAGUCCCCCACCUUCACAGUGGCCUGGCACCCGAAGAGACCGCUGCUGGCCUUUGCCUGUGAUGACAAAGAUGGCAAAUAUGACAGCAGCCGGGAGGCAGGCACCGUCAAGCUCUUUGGGCUCCCCAAUGACUCCUAAUGAAACCACACCGGGGGAGGCAAUGCUUCCUUGCUCUCAGGGGUGGGAGAGUGCUCAGUUAGUGUAAGUGGGGGUAAGGAGAUGGCUCACCUCCUUGCCUGCUUGGCAGAGCUGUGGCCUUUGGCUCAGCUGUGUGUGUACCGCUCUCAGGAGCGUUUGUAAAAAAAGCAGCUCGUGUGCUGGGGAGGACGGGGGGCGAUGCUCACAGAGUCCCCUUCGCCAACUCUGAGCUGCUGCUGGGGGGGCUUGUUCCAAAGGCAAGUGGCCAAAGAAAGUCGGUCACUAGGGGUGACUGCUGAGGAGCCUCCUGAGGGAGGAGCUCCGGGCUCCCCAGCAGUGAUGAGCCACGUGACCGUCCCCUUCUGCCCCACGGCCUGGUGGCGAGGGCAGCCAUGGGAGCACAGCCUGCCCCGUCCCCUCCCAGACACCCUGUGUCCCUUCCCUACACUGGGGCAGCGAGGGGAGGGUGGGGGCAUGCAAGUUGGGGAAUGCGAUGUUUCCCCAGCUGGGGCUUUUUUUUUUUUUUUUUUUGUAUGUGUGUUGGUUUUUUUCUAAUUUUGAUAAAUCCUCUUCCAUAA